GAAGAUAUGAGCAGUGUUUUGUAUUGCUUUCUUUUUUAUUAGGACAGACAGAUAUGGAGGUUGUCCUUCAUAAACCAGCAACGUGUAUAAACCACUGCAAGUUGUAGCAUGUAGUGAAUGCAGCAGCCCAUUAAGAGCUCCAGAGGUAACAGUGGCAAAGAACUGGUGCAGGAAGUUUCUGUUUCUUUCCUGUUAGUAGGUUUCAGAUAACAAAUUAAUCUCAAAAGAGAUUAUGACUAUCUUGAAGAGUUAAUGAGUAUCUUAAAAUUGUCUGCUUCUUGUAAUUGUCCAAAGGCCAAUUGAUCCUGCAGUGUAUAAAACACUGAUGUGUGAAGAUGAGAAGCAGAGCCAGCAAACAAAGAGCACACGGGAGCUCAGUGCUGUGUCUGUGGGGAAAUAUGAAGAAGUUUAUUUGUUGCUUUAUUCGUGUUUCUGUGCUCUUGCUCAGUUUCUCCAUCAUUUGUCUGGGAGUCCUUUGCAUUUACACCAGUUCCUCCGUGUGCAGAUGCGGGAACAACAAGCUGAUUGUUUAUUUCCUGUUAGCUGUGGGGCUCUUGCUCCUUGUGGCUGGCAUUUUCUGGAGCACAGUCCAUGAAGCCAUGAAAUAUAGGGGCCUCAGCAGCAUCUUCAUGAGAAAUCCCAGCCUUAGAGACCUCCGUGUCAGCACCAUAGACAGGCCGGACUUCUACCCGCCAUCCUACGAGGAUAGCACAGACCCUGCAAAGCAGACCUUCCCAUUGCCUGCAGUCUCCAUGCUGAAGGAGCAAGAAGUCAUCGACAUCCCCCCGCCACUGUACAGCGAGUGCAGCGCGGAGUGCGCCAGCAAAAAUAAUGAGGGAGAGCAGCCCCCACCCUAUGAAUUAGCUGCUGGCCAGGACUCAAGCCUGGGGAGGGAGCCAAAUACCAGUGCACCCACAAAAGAAGAUGUUUGCUGACAGCGUGGAGGCUGCCAAGGGACCUCGGAGCAAGUAGGGGAGAGCUGGAUGGAGGUGUGUGUUGGUGCUGGCUGACACCACACCACAAGGCCGCCCCGGAAAAGCACUGA